UACUGUAGCGGGGGACACCCUGUGGUUUCCCUUUGAUCGGUGUUUGGGCGCGACGCUGCUCCAAGCCGCGCAAGCUGCACGCUGCGCAAAGCUGUUAUUUUGUCCCAUGACCUUAGCCGACGAGGCUGCAGGCAGUCUGGAAGGCGCCACGAGGCCUCUCCAGCCACCAAGCCCAUGGAAGGCCAGCAACAAGCAGCUCUGCGCCAUAUGGUGCCUGGCGCUUCUGGCCACGCUGUUCACGAACUUGGAGGCGGUGCCUGGCAUGCGGACCAUCUCAAUGGCGUGUUGUUGCCUUUUGGCCGAGUGUUUGGACCGUCUUUGGGUCUUCCUCCUUUGCCUGCUGCCCAUGGGCGUGCUGAUGGGCUUGACCACCUGGGGAUAUUUGCAAGAAGCCGCCCUGGUCAUUUGCGUCGCCUUUCAGAUCCCGCUGAGCUUGGCGUACCUGGCGCACCGGAGGCUUGUGACCAGACAUCCGGAGCUCUGGAGUGUCACCCUGGCCUUCCCCUCGGUGCACACGGCUUUGUGGACAUUGUCAUCAUUAGUUCUGCCCGUUGGCUCCUUUUCAAGCCCUGCAUAUGAUGUGGCAGGGCAGUGGCUCAUGCUGACGCAGUGCAGCGCCUGGUUGGGGCGCAGCGCUGUGACUUUCGUGCUGAGCUGGGUCGCUGCCUCCGGAGCUCAUCGCUGGGCAAGCUCCCAUGGCCCAGGCUUCAAGGCAGCGCUCGCCAGCCUCUUCAUUGUUUGCAUUGCUGGCGGCAUCAGAUUCUACGUGCCCACGAUCUCCAUCGAUCGGGACUUCGUCUCGCCCGGCGGCGCGGUCCGGGAUUUCCUCCACGUGAGCUGCCUCAGCAGCAUGGACAACCUCUACGCCACCACCGCCGCGCGCCUGGCGGCGGGAGAUGCCAUCGUGAUGCACAGCGAGCGGCUCACCGAUGCCGAGACGGGCUUGGACGCACCGGUGCCGCGAUAUCAACACCUCCUUGAGCAGCACUUCAACAAGACUCAGAUUGAGGCAGUGAUAGUGCUGUCCUUCGAGGAUGACGGCAAGUCGUGGUAUCACUUGGUCACCAGAGAGGGUUCGGUGAUGAGCUAUGCCAAGAAUCAUCCAGUGCCCUUCGUGGAGUCCGAUUUGUCGCCGGGCACGUCGCGGCCCACGGUCACCGCGCCUCGUGCGUUGGGACGGCCCGACGCCGAGCAGAUCUCUCUGACGGGGACCAUUUGCUUCGACACGGACUUCCCAGCGGUGACCCGCUUCUUGGACGCGGAUCUUCUCUUGGAAACCUCCCAGACCUGGAGCAACAUAGGCCGACAGCAUUUGAGGGGCCAUCAGCCAGUUGGCGAAAGGAUGCGUGUGGAUGGAUGUGGGAGAAGACCAGACAUGAAGGUCAGGUCACAGUGAAAGGCACACACAACGCGUGUGAUCUUGCAGUUUUGGGUAUACUGUAUGCCCCAGAGCCCUCCCUGACUAGGGCCUCCCCGGGGCCAAAGAGGAACCAAUGGAUUCCACUUCCGACGAACCACUGUGAACCAGUCGUUUCAGCGGCCAACUCCUGGUGCCCUACAAGACUCAUCGAGUCGCUGAAGUCAAGACUUCAUGAAACCCAAGAGACAAUGUGUCGAUCUACUGCUAGGGAGAAACCACCUCUUGAGAUUGUUGAGGAUUCCACCAAAGGUUACGGUGUUGGGCAGGAAGGGAGGACCUGCUGCUGCACUUUGCUGAAAGGAGGUUCAGUUUGGUAUGUAUACAGUACUCUUCCAGAAAGGAAAUUUUGGAGUUGAUGUGCAUUUUGGCUGAGGAUGAGGGUAGCAGGCGUUUUGUGUCAUUUAUAUAACAAUUUCCACCGCAAUCCUCGGUCUUUCAGUGUUAAGGGACCGCCAACUCAGUUGGACACUCCAAAGCCAUCCUAGAUUUCCCCAUAGCACCAAACCUCAGAGGGGCUGAUGUUGAUGGAAGACAUCAUCUCUUCCUCCACCACAUUUAUAUGCAAAAAGUCAAUAUGGCCGUGGGUCAAAACUUGGACCCCGAAUUCC